AUGGAGAACGUCAACGUCGCCGAGCUGGUCGAACGGCUGGGCAGCGAUGAAGACGCUGCCCGCAAAAUGGCCGUCUUCAAGCUGCAGGGCAACAUUGGCGAUCCCUCCUUUGCCGACGUCUUCAUCGCCGAGGGUGGCUUGACGCGCCUGCGCUACCUGACCCUCCAUGCGACCGGCAACACCCUGGCCUACAGUCUGACCAGCUUUGCGCGCCUACUCGAGGUCGACAAGGGCUGGGAGUUUGUCGAUCAGGAGCUCGUCGAGCGAGUAAGCGCUGCCCCGUGGGGACCGAAGAAGACAACGGAACUGACCUGA